AUGGCUUGCUCCUGUACUCCACCCGUGCCUCCAAGAUGUGUUUGUGAAGGAGCAAGUAAUCAGCUUUCGCCACCACUUCCACCACCGCAAAUGAUGUCAACACGACCGCCUUACAAUUCGUGCGUCGAGCAGUGCGAAGUGGCCUGCGCCAGAAGUUGUACAGCAGCGCAGUUCCCGUCGAAAUGUAGUGAGACUCCUACGUUCCCUACGUUGCCACUGCUUCCGUACAGCUCUCCCUUGCCGACAACACCGACACCAAGUUUCACUGUAUCACAGCCCACAUUCAUGCCAAAGGUUUGUGAGGCGGAGUGCAUGCCGGACUGCUCUGUGUCCUGCGUAGCCUUACGACCUGCAUUGAAACUGCUCAAUAAUAUGAUGGAAGCUGGAUCGACGAACUCGCUCGAGUGCUUGAAAUCAUGUACGGCGACAUGUGAAGAUGCCUGC